AAGCUAUUACCUCUUAUUUACGCGACACAGUGCCUUUCGGACCCCGCACUGUUAGCAAGUUCGUAAUGGGAUCCAAAUCUCGACGUAGGUCCCGGUCAAAAUCAAGAAGCGGGAGCCGAAAUCGGCGAAAUAAAUCCAGAGAGAGCCGCUCUAGAUCACAUGACAGAAGAAGAGGUCGCGGCAAAUCUGUGGAAAAACGAAAAAGCGGCCCAGGAAGAUCCAGCAGCAGCGAUGCUGGGUCUCCUUCCCGAGGGCGGCCUCGACAUCGACGUCGCUCUGGACCCAGUAGUGGCUCCGAGAGCGACAGGCGAAAUAAAUCGAAGGGCCGAUCAUCAAGUCCUGAUCUAGAUGAUCCCAAAAUAAGGAGGACAAAGGAAGCAGAGCCUCGCAGAGGACGAUCUCAAGACCGGAGAAAAAGAAGAUCCAAAUCCAAGUCAUAUUCCUCUGAUGAAAGCAAUGACCGAGAGAGGAGAAAACAAAGAAGUUCUGAGAGGAGGAGUUUGGGCAGAGACGGACACAAGAGGGAAUAUGACAAAGAGAGAUGGAAGAGCAGCAGCAGAGAACGUGAAAGACAACACAGCAGAGACAAAAGUAAGGAGCGGCAGAAGAGGAUGGAAGAAAGGAGCGACAAAGACAGAAGGAGGCGGCGAUCAAGUUCUUCUGAGUCUUCAGACAGUUCAGGGUCUGAUCAUGAGUGUGCCCUCAAAGAAAAAGAAGAGAGGAAGAAGAAGAAGGAGUUGAUGAAAGCUCUGGAGACGCCAGAAGAGAAGAGAGCCAGAAGACUGGCGAAGAAGGAAGCAAAGGAGAAGAAAAGAAGAGAAAAGAUGGGUUGGAGCGAGGAGUACAUGGGAUACACCAAUGCUGACAAUCCCUUUGGAGACAACAACCUGUUAGGCACAUUCAAAUGGCAAAAAGCUCUGGUUAAAAAAGGUAUUGGUCAUCUCGGGGAAAAAGAACUCAAAGAAAGGAAUAAACUAAUUCAGGAAGAGAACCGCAGAGAGCUGCAGAAGGUGAAACAGUUGCGUUUGGAGCGAGAGCGAGAGAAAGCCAUGAGAGAGAUGGAGCUGGAGAUGCUGCAGAGGGAGAAGGAGGCAGAGCACUUCAAAACCUGGGCUGAACAGGAGGACAACUUCCACUUGCAGCAGGCUAAGCUGCGGUCCAAGAUUAGAAUUCGUGAUGGUCGGGCCAAACCCAUUGACCUCUUAGCGAAGUACAUCAGUGCAGAGGAUGAUGACCUGGCUGUGGAGAUGCAUGAACCCUACACCUUCCUGAAUGGACUAACAGUCACAGAUAUGGAUGAUCUACUAGAAGACAUUAAGGUGUACAUGGAGCUGGAACAAGGGAAGAACGUGGACUUCUGGAGAGACAUGACAACCAUCACAGAGGAUGAGAUCAGCAAACUGAGAAAACUGGAGGCCUCUGGGAAAGGACCUGGUGAUCGCCGCGAGGGCAUCAACACAGCGGUGAGCACCGACGUUCAGACUGUGUUCAAAGGGAAGACGUACAGUCAGCUGCAGGCGCUGCACCUGAACAUCGAGUCGAAGAUUCGAGCUGGAAGAUCCAAUCUGGACAUCGGUUACUGGGAGAGUCUGUUGCAGCAAGUUAAAGUCUACAUGGCCAGAGCCAGGCUGAGGGAGCGACACCAGGAUGUGCUGCGCCAAAAGCUGUUCAAGCUGAAACAGGAACAGGGAGUGGAAAGUGAACCUUUGUUUCCCAUCAUCAAAGAGGAACCGAGGGAUGAGAGGGACGGGGAUUCUAGAGGGCAAUCAAGAGGUGCCACGACAGAGGACAGCGGCCCGUCUGCGUCCUCCUUUGGGAGAGUCGCAAAUAGAGAAGCAGAAGAUGAAGAGCGUCCGGGUCCGUCUACCUCUGCGGCGGGAGGCCAGGAUGAAGAUAAAGGAGAGAAGGGUGAAGGGAAGGAUGAAGAGAAGGGUGAAGCAGUGGAGGCGGUGUUGACGGAGGAGGACCUCAUCCAGCAGAGUCAGGCAGAGUACGACUCGGGUCGAUACAGCCCCACCCUGCUGACACAGUCCGAGCUGCCGCUGGACACUCACACCAUCACACCAGAGGAAGACGCGUCCAGGCUGCAGUUAGCCCGCCGACUGCUGCAAGUCACCGGUGACGCCAAUGAAAGUGCAGAGGACGCUUUUGUCCGAAGAGCCAGAGAGGGCAUGGGCACCGACGAGGCUCAGUUCAGCGUGGAGGUUCCAGUCACAGGAAAAAUGUACCUGUGGGCAGACAAGUACCGCCCCAGGAAACCCCGCUUCUUCAAUCGGGUCCACACGGGCUUCGAGUGGAACAAAUACAACCAGACGCAUUACGACUUUGACAACCCCCCGCCCAAGAUCGUCCAAGGUUACAAAUUCAACAUCUUCUACCCCGACCUGAUCGACAAGCGCUCUACGCCCCAGUACUUCCUGGAGCCCUGUCCUGACAACAAAGACUUUGGGAUUUUGAGGUUCCAUGCAGGUCCUCCUUAUGAGGACAUUGCUUUCAAGAUAGUUAACAGGGAGUGGGAGUAUUCUCACCGUCAUGGUUUCCGCUGUCAGUUUGCUAACGGGAUCUUUCAGUUGUGGUUUCACUUCAAAAGAUAUCGUUAUAGAAGAUAAAAGAAACCCAACACUUGACCAAAUGAUCAGGGCCUGGUUUUUUUACACAGUGCCUGCUUCAGGCUGGAUGGUCCAUGUUUUGUUUUCCACUGCUCUUUCUGCUAGAAAUGUGUGUACUGUUGUCUGAAAUUGUUACCAGCAAAUGUAAUGUUUUAAAAAAAUAAAGAUCUUUCACAGCUUAA